CACUACCGGGAUCGAGACACGCGAGACACACGCCGCAGAAGAUGAGGCUCUUGGUCGUAUUCGCCGCGCUCUCGGUGACGGUGUACGCGCCGCAGGCGGAGAUCACCAGGAACAAGAAUCGCGGCAGGGGAUCCAUGUGGUGGGGCAUAGCUAAAGCCGGCGAGCCCAACAAUUUUUUGCCAAUGUCAUCGGCCGCCUUACACUUGGAGCCUUCGCUUUACGGGACUCUCAGGAGAAAACAGAGGCGCCUAGCUAGAGAAAAUCCAGGGGUGCUGUUGGCAGUGGCUAGGGGCGCGAAUCAAGCCAUCGUCGAGUGUCAACACCAGUUUCGCAAUCGACGAUGGAAUUGCUCGACGAAGAAUUUCCUCAGAGGGAAGAAUCUCUUUGGCAAGAUCGUUGAUAGGGGAUGCCGAGAGACCGCCUUCAUCUACGCCAUCACGAGCGCGGCUGUGACUCACAGCAUCGCGAGGGCAUGUAGCGAGGGCAGCAUACAGUCGUGUUCUUGCGACUAUACUCACCAAUCACGCAUAUCAUCCUCCGCCAUUCGGGACUGGGAAUGGGGUGGUUGCUCGGACAACAUCGGGUACGGCUUCAAGUUCUCUCGCGAAUUCGUCGAUACCGGCGAGCGCGGUCGGAAUCUCCGCGAGAAGAUGAAUCUGCACAACAAUGAGGCCGGUAGAGCGCACGUGUCCUCGGAGAUGCGGCAGGAGUGCAAGUGUCACGGCAUGUCGGGCUCGUGCACAGUUAAGACCUGCUGGAUGCGGUUGCCGAACUUCCGUGUGGUUGGCGACAACCUGAAGGACCGUUUCGACGGUGCCUCUCGGGUUAUGGUCAGCAACUCGGACCGCACGCGCGGCAACAGCAACACCAUCAUCAGCAACUCCGCCAGCAACUCGGUGCACAGCCAUCGCGAGGGUCCGCCGCGCCGUCAUCGCUACAACUUCCAGCUCAAGCCGUAUAAUCCGGAGCACAAGCCGCCUGGACUGAAGGAUCUGGUCUAUCUGGAGCCGUCGCCGCCGUUCUGUGAGAAGAACCCGAAACUCGGCAUCCUGGGCACUCAUGGGCGGGUCUGCAAUGACACCAGCAUCGGCGUGGACGGCUGCGACCUCAUGUGCUGUGGCAGGGGCUACAAGACGCAGGAGUUAAUGGCGUUCGAGAGGUGCGCUUGCACCUUCCACUGGUGCUGCGAGGUCAAGUGCCAAGUGUGCAGGACGAAAAAAAUAGUACACACAUGUCUGUAGAGGAUCUCGCGCUCGGUUGGUCUCGCGAGCUUCGCAGGUGACGUGAAGUUACGAAAGGAACUGAGCUAUUUUGGACUCGUGCUUUCUUUGAGAGAGAGAAAGAUCUCUCCGACAGUGUAACGACACGCGGUCCCUGCUCUACGGGACGGGAUCACAUCCUCAUUUCAGAAUCGAAAGACGCUGGCAGUCUCUCUCUCUCUCUCUCUCUCUAUCUAUCUCUCUCUCUCUUCUUGCGCUCGCGCGAACGACCGACGGUCUCGACUGACGCGAGAGGAUCCUCUACCGCGCGACUCUACCGCCGGACGUAGCCGAGAAGUCGUCCCGGAGACCCGUGCGGGAGCGCGCGUGGCCUCGCCUCGUCUCUCCAGUAUUACGCGAAACGUACGAAGACAAGAGAGAAAUCACGUAUAUUUAUUACGUUGCACGUACUAAAGACUGAGACGGUGGGAGAAACGUUCGCGCGAUCGUGUAGCGUUCUAAGACUUUCUUUUAAGGCAAACCGGAAAAUCCGUCGGGCGCGUGGAAACGUUGUAGAUACGACCGGCUCGCGGGCGACCCCGUUCACCGACGAGGAUCCGACUGGUCCGUCGUCAUCGGCACCCGUCAAGCACCCGACGCAGCUGUGACACGUACGUGUAGUAAAAGACGAUAAUUUGAGGCUACUACCGUUCGCCGGUCGCCAUUCAUUGAGUGUAUUCGGCGAAUCUGUUAUAAACCCGCCCAAGUAAUACUCAAGUACGAUUCGUCGGAACUGAAAAGGUACAUAUACAUCGUUCACGUUGUUGCUCGGUAAUUAGACGUCCGAAUUUUUUCGUCGUCUUCCUUUUGUUUUGAGAGGCUAUCGAUGAAACUGUCGUUAAAACAAAUCGACGAGGUCUCCGAUUAUUUCAUUUCUACUGCAUGCGAGGCGUUCGUUCUAGGUAAUGUUUAAUGGAUUCGCGACGCGAGCAUCGUGAUCUGGCAUCGUGGUCUCGUAAUCGUUAUUUAUUCUAAAAGAUCCCAUUUUUCAGCGCUUUGGGCGCCUGUUCUCCUGAGAAAACGGGCGCAAUCCCCGACUCAGAUCGCGUGCUUGUACAUACAUAGAUGAUAGUUAUAUAUUUUGCAGCUACGCGAGCCGAUCGGCGAUUCCACAGUUUAUCCUAAAAGUGUCUGUUGUAAAUAACUGUCGACCCUUCACGCGACGGUAAUGACGCCCGGGGGCACCGCGAGCGUGGUAAAUUAUUUUUAUAUCCUUCUCAUAACUCUCUCUCUCUUUCUCUCUCUCUCUCUCUCUCUCUCUCUCUCUCUCUCUCUCUCUCUCUUUUGCCCUUUCCUCCCUUUCCUCAUUUCUCCGCUUCUCGUAAUUGCGACGAGAAGCACGCGGACGUAAAGAAAGAAAAGAAGAAGAAAUAUCUUUUGCAAGUGCUGUAGGUCCUGCUCCUUGGACGAGAGGACGGUGAUUCUAGGAUUGUGCAUAAUAGAUGUAUUAAUUAUUGCUCGUAAUUUAUGCAAAUAAACAUAUAAGAGAAUUAAAUAAACGGCACGAGAAAUUGA